AUGAUUGACCUGAGCUUCCUAACAGAGGAGGAACAAGAGGCGAUAAUGAAGGUGCUGCAACGGGAUGCAGAGCUCAAAAGAGCUGAAGAAGAGAGAGUCAGGCAUUUACCAGAAAAAGUCAAAGACGAUGUUCAGCUAAAGAAUAUGAGCGGGCAGUGGUUUUAUGAAGCAAAGUCAAAGAGGCACAGAGAUAAGAUACACGGAGCAGAUAUCAUUAGAGCUUCUAUGCGCCGGAAGCCCGCCACUCUUGCUGAAGUGAGUCAGAGCAAAUCAAACAAAGCAAAGAACAGCUGGGUGAGCAAUGUUAAUAAAGAAGUCUUUGUGCCACCAGAACUGCAUGGCAUUGAGGAACAUCAAGAAGAACAACUACUAAAAUCUAGUUCAAGUUCUAAAAGAAUAACUUCUGUGUUGGAUGUACCAGAGGAAAGACCUGUGAGGGCAGAAGUCUCGCCAGUAAAGCAAAGGAGAAAUCCAUUUAAUGCCACUGCAUCCGGUGAUAACUUGAACAGCGGAGAAUCAGAAAGCAGACCAGCUGUUCUACCUCAGCUACCAAAUAAGGAAAUUUUGUCACCCUCAGAAGAGAACCAACUUAAACCAAACUUAGUAAACAAUGGAACAGAGAAAUAUAAGAAGCCUCCUGUAGAACCUCCUGAUGAAUCACAGAAAGGACUAGUUAAGCAUCCUGUUCCAAAAGCUAGAAAAUUAAUUCACAAAGCAACAGAUCCUGUGUCACAAAGAGAAGAUGUUGCUCCAAAACCAGCGAAAUGGACCAAGAAGGCUAAUGGCAUUAGUACAGCACCCAGGGGCAUUCUGAAGCGCAGUUCAAGUUCAAGUUCCACUGACUCCGAAGUUCGUGUCAGUCAGAUGUUAGAUGUUCAGAAAAAGAAUGGUCUUCCUACUGCAACGAUUUUUGAAGGAGAAGUUGAGAAGAACUCUCUUAGAGAAGAUGCAGAAAACUCUGCACAAAUUUCACUGGAAAAACUUAAACAAGUGAGGUUCUCAUCUAGCACAGGUAAAGGAGAACCUCUGCAAAGACCACAGCUCCACCACGGUAAAGAAAAAGGAGAGUUUGAUUUGUUAGAAUCUGAUGAAACAAAGAGUAGUGGAAAUGAUGCUCUUAAAUCAGAUUCAUUGGGGAAUAAGCAAAUUUCUGCUACAAAGUCUUUGGGAACCUAUUCAUCAGCUUUACAAGUAAAAACAUCACAUGGUUUACAGGAUAAUGCAUUGACUUGCAGUCCUUCUGACACUAAUAGGUCAGUCGAUGAAACCUUGCAGACAAAGACAGUUACUCCUAAGAAAAUUGAAACUCCACAGAAGACCUCCAGCAAUAUCCUGCCAAAUAACAGUAAUGGACUGAGUGUUGAUGAGAUGCACAAAAAUAAAGCCAACCAGUUCUUGAGCCAUGAAUCAAAGUCACACAAGAACCUUCCUGAUGAACAUCAGCCUUCUCCUAAGACAGAAGCACAUGAGGUGUCAGAUACCAAUUCUACAAGUCUUCAACAAGGUUCAGAAGAAGAAUUAAACCCUGUUUUGAUGGCUUUGAAAAGGAGUGCAGAUAGGAAAAUGCCUUCCAAAAGUCUAGAGGACAUUCCAUCAGCCACCUCAAAUAAAGGAAAAAGAAAUAAACCAAAGGAAGAAUUAGCUCUUAGUGCUGAAGAUGGUCUGGAACCUGAUCAGCAUCAAGAGAGGAAAGGAAAUGCAGCAGGAAUUUCCACAGUGCCUUUGCAGCCUGAUAAGCUGUUUUCCAAUCCUGAAAAACUCAAAGGACUGAGCAAGUCAGUACCGUCAUUCCUACAGGAAGAGAGUGAUGACAGAGAGACAGAUACAGCAUCAGAAAGCAGUUACUCCUUUUGCAGAAUCAAGAAGAGUCCCAGCUCUCUAACCAAUCUUAGCAGCUCUUCUGGCAUGGCCUCCUUGUCCUCUGUGAGCGGAAGUCUGAUGAGCAUCUAUAGUGCGGACUUUGGAAACGUGGAUGUGAAGGGGAACAUUCAGUUUGCUAUUGAUUACGUAGAACAACUGCACGAGCUCCACAUUUUUAUCUGCCAGUGUAAAGACUUGGCAGUGGCAGAUGUUAAGCGUCAGCGUUCAGACCCGUAUGUAAAGACCUACCUGCUUCCAGAGAAAUACCGACUGGGCAAACGGAAGACUUCUGUGAAAAAGAAAACUUUUAAUCCAGUCUAUAAUGAAAUAUUGCGGUAUAAAAUUGAGAAGGAUCUCCUAAAGAAUCAAAGCCUAAAUAUCUCUGUCUGGCACAACGAUACCUUUGGGAGGAAUAGCUUCCUCGGUGAAGUGGAACUGGAUUUAGGAACCUGGGACUGGAAUGACAAAUCCAACAAGCAGAUCAACUGGUUUCCACUCAAGCCAAGGACCUCAACAAUGUCUUUUGAACUGGAAAACAGAGGGGAGAUGAAGCUCGCCCUCCAGUAUGUCCCACACCCUGUUGGAGGGAAGAAGACUGUAUCUACUGGUGAGGUCCACAUCUGGGUGAAAGAAUGCCAUAACCUUCCUCCUUUGAGAGGCAACAGACUCAACUCUUUUAUUAAGUGCACCGUUCUUCCAGAUACCAGCAGGAAAAGCCGCCAGAAAACAAGAACGGUGGCAAAAACUACAAACCCAGUAUUCAACCACACCAUGGUGUAUGAUGGCUUUAGACCAGAAGAUUUGAAAGAAGCCUGCAUAGAGCUCACAGUGUGGGAUCACAACAAACUCGCCAACCACUUCCUGGGAGGUCUCAGGAUAGGCCUUGGGACAGGCAAAAGCUACGGAACUACAGUGGACUGGAUGGAUUCCACUUCAGAUGAAACUGCCCUGUGGGAAAGGAUGAUGAACUCGCCAAACACAUGGAUAGAAGAUACGCUACCUCUCAGGAUGCUAAUGGUUGCAAAGUUGACAAAAUAAGGUGGCUUUUUAAUUGCCAAGUGCCAAAAAGAAACCUUAGGAAUGGAAUUAAAGGGGUGGGGGUGAAACUUGGAAAGGGAGCACAGCGGCUCUUUUGACAGUCUCUGCUCUGCUGCCAUUCUGGUUUUGUGCUGUCAAAUGUCCCUUCAUAUUUCAAAUUAAACUUCUGCCUGCAGAUUAUUAUGUAAAUUUA